AUGGCUCUGCCACCGCCGGAUCCACAGUUUGUUCUCAGAGGUACCAGUGCUGCAGUCCACACUCUGCAUUUUUCCUGUAGCAGCCAAGAACCUGAUGUCCCCGUUCUUUUCUCUGGGUCUGAGAAUGGGUUUAUCCAUGUCUGGAACAUGAAAACACACAGAGUGGAUGCAGCAUUGGAUGGCCAUGGAAGAAAAUCUGUCUACUGCGUGGAGACAAUGGGUGGUAAAGACAGGCUCCUCAGUCAGGGUCGUGACCAGAGGAUCUGCUUAUGGGAUUUAGCAGAGGGACGGACUUCAGUGACGGAUUCUGUCUUCACGGAGAAUGUGGGAUUCUGCAGAUGCUCUCUGUUAAAGGUGGCACAGGGACGCUGGUUAAUGGCCGUGGCAGCCAAAGCCCUGGAGGAGGUUCAGGUUUUGGAGCUGCCAUCCAAGAUAUCAGUCUGUACCUUGAAGCCAGAUGUGGGUGCCAAGCUGGGCAUGCCCAUGUGUCUGAAGUUAUGGCAGCUCAACUGUGGUUCACAACCUUUGCUUCUAGCUGGCUAUGAAGAUGGAUCAGUGGUCCUUUGGAAUUUGUCAGUGGGAAAAGCAUUGAGCCAACUUGUUUGCCACCAGGAGCCAGUGAUGAGCCUUGACUUUGACUCGGAGAAGGCCAAGGGGAUCUCAGGCUCAUCUGAAAAGGUGCUUAGCAUCUGGAGCCUCGAUGAGCAACAGAACCUCCAGGUUUACAAAACACACAAACUUGUCAAUGCUGGCAUAUCUGAUAUCACCAUCCGUCCAGACAAGAAGAUUUUAGCAACAGCAGGGUGGGAUCAUCGCAUCAGGAUCUUUGGCUGGAAAAAACUGAAGCCCUUAGCAGUGCUGGACUACCACACAGCAACUGUCCAUUGUGUGUCCUUCUCAGAUCACGAAAACCCCAGUGAAAGACUGCUGGCAGCUGGCUCAAAGGAUCACCGCAUCAGUAUCUGGUCAAUAUAUACUGAGACGUGACAUGUUCUGCACUGUCAGGGACAAGGAAAGCAGGAUUGGUGAAGCAAUUCUUUAUACUGUAAUUCAAACCUGGAUGUGGGGAAGUAGUAGAAAAUAUUUCCAGGCUGAAGUAAGAGUCCUAGGUUAAUUUUUAUGCUGCUUGUUCGAGCUGCAAGUUUUGUUUUCCAGAGGAGGAAGUGGAUUUUUUAAAUUCAUAACAAGCAGAGC